AUGCCCAACCAACCAACUCAAGUCAGCAAGCAGUCCACCUCACCUCAUCACCAUACAAGAUUCUCCGCAGCCCUAGCUGUCCCUCUCACCUCAUCAAGCCUCAAAGAUCUACCAUACAUGUGGUUGAAUCGUUGGCGGUGCCGCUCAUGUCGACUUGUUUCUGACAACAACAACAACAACCUGGUUGUUUCGUUGCAUGCAUGCGAGGGCGUUGGGGGGGGAGUCGCCAUUAUAGCAUUUUGGGUAGUUCUAUGGUUGUUUGGUAGGGGAGCUGAGACAUCGAUGGAGUAG